CACGUCCCAGUAUUAAGUCGUACUCUAGAAAGCAAAGCAGGAGCAAAGAUGGAUUGAUAGAAUGUGAAUGAAGCUUUAGAUAUUGAAAAUAAUAUAUAUAGAGAGCAAGAGAGCGAAAGAGUUCUUGAAGCUAAAAUGCUAAGAUUUUCUCUCAUAUGGCUUCUUGUUUUCUGUUCGGUUUUGGAUUCUUCUUCAUCUCGACCUGCGCCUUUUGCCAUGCGUAUAAGCUGUGGAGCCCGUCAACAUGUCCAUACUAAGCCUACAAAUACACUUUGGUUUAAGGAUUUUGCAUACACAGGAGGCAUACCUGCUAAUGCGACACGUCCAAGUUUUAUCACUCCUCCACUUGAAACACUUCGUUAUUUUCCUCUAUCUGAAGGUCCUGAAAAUUGUUACAUAAUUAACAGAGUGCCAAAGGGACAUUACAAUGUGAGGAUCUUCUUUGGAUUGACUAAACUGCCAAAUUUUGACACUGAACCUCUAUUUGACAUAUCAGUUGAAGGCACCCAAAUAUAUUCCUUGAAAUCAGGUUGGAGUGGCCAUGACGACCAAGCAUUUGCUGAAGCCCUUGUGUUUCUUACAGAUGGCACUGUCUCUAUAUGCUUCCACAGCACUGGUCAUGGAGAUCCUGCUAUCCUUGCACUCGAAAUUCUUCAAGUUGACAGUAAAUCAUAUUACUUUGGUCCAGAGUGGGGUGAGGCGGUUAUCCUCAGAACAGUCACAAGACUGAGUUGUGGUAAUGGGCAGCCAAAGUUUGAUGUAGAUUACAGUGGUGAUCAUUGGGGUGGGGAUAGAUUUUGGAGUCCCCUUCAAACUUUCGGUCAGAGUUCUGAUCAAAUCUUGUCUACUGAAACUAGCAUCAAACAGAGUGCAGAGGCCCCAAACUAUUAUCCACAAGCUCUUUAUCAAACAGCUCUUGUUAGUGCUGAUGGUCAACCAAAUUUUGGUUAUACAAUGGAUGUGGAUCCCAACAAAAACUAUUCAGUUUGGUUACACUUUGCAGAGAUUGAUGAUUCAGUCAGGAGUGCGGGGAAAAGGGUAUUUGACAUCCUGAUAAAUGGUAUUGUUGCAUUUCAAGGUGUAGAUGUUUUAAAAAUGAGUGGGGGUCAGUAUACAGCACUUGUGCUUAACACAACUGUUGCUAUUAAUGGGAGGAGUUUAACAAUCACUCUGCAGCCUAAGGCAGGAAGUUCUGCAAUAAUCAAUGCCAUUGAGGUCCUUGAGGUUAUAGCUGCUGAAUCAGAAACUUUGCCAGAAGAAGUAAAAGCUUUACAGAUAAUGAAGAAUUCGCUGGGGCUACCUCAUAGGCUGGGUUGGAAUGGUGACCCUUGUGUUCCCCAGCAACAUCCAUGGAGUGGAGCAGAUUGUCAAUUUGACAAAACUAGCAACAAAUGGGUUAUCGAUGGACUUGGUCUUGACAACCAAGGUCUGAGGGGUUUCUUGCCAAAUGAUAUAUCCCAAUUGCGUCAUCUACAAAGCAUAAAUUUGAGUGGAAACAGCAUUCAUGGAGCUAUUCCAUCCACACUUGGAACAAUAGCCAGCUUAGAAGUGCUGGACCUCUCAUACAAUUUCUUAAAUGGAUCAAUUCCUGAAAGCCUUGGAAAGCUGACAUCAUUACGUAGAUUGAACCUCAAUAGCAACUCUCUUUCUGGGAGAGUUCCAGCUACAUUAGGAGGAAGCCUUUUGCAUCAUAGAGCUAGCUUCAACUUUACUGAUAAUGCAGGUCUAUGUGGUAUACCUGGGUUACCUACAUGUGGGCCCCACCUUUCCACCGGUGCAAAGAUUGGCAUCGGAUUUGGUGUUCUCAUCAUUAUCUUUCUACUUGUUAUCUGUUCAGUGAUUUGGUGGAAAAGGCGGCAAAACGUUAAACGAGCACAGCAAAUUGCUGCAAGAGGUGCUCCUUAUGCAAAAGCAAGGACCCACCUAUCACAUGAUAUUCAGUUGGCAAGGCAUCAUUAUCACCAUGGUGCUCGACAUGCUUCAGAGAAUGGACCUAGUUUGCUAUCGUGAAUUCAGAUUGACAAUAACUGACCUGAAGUGCUCUUUAUUUAAAGUCCGCUUAUGUUCUGAUUCCUGGAUUCUGAUAUGCUUCACAACAACUAUAUAAAAAACCACUAGUAGAUUUAGUUCUGGCACACAACUUGUGGGACUGCUUGAUGUUCCAGUAAAAAAUCUGUUCAGUUAAUAGUAUGAAACCAAAAGAAACACCUUUAAGAGGUCAGAUCUCCCCUUGGUGGGGCACCAAUUCUGAAAAGUGAGUUAUCUUGUACAUUGCUUCAAUUCUUUUGUUCAUUUAGGCAGAAUGAAGUUGCUACACUUUGAAGAAACUAUGAAUAUAGUACUUCCUGGUUUGACUUAUUGUUCUUCAUUGAGGUGUUUGAAAGGGCUUUUUGUUCCUGCCUCCAUAACUCAGAAAAAGUGAUACAAGGUAAAAAAAUUUUGCCUUCCUAGCUCUCCUACUGCUUUUUUGUUGUUUUAUUGGCACUUGUGUCUUCAGUUAGGCUCCUAACUCUAUAAAAGUGUAGAUGUAAUCCUACAUCAUGGACGUA